AUGGAAAAGGGGGAGAGGCGUAACACCAGCUCUCUCUUUUUCUUCCCAGUCAUUGCCCUCCCUGUGAACAGCCCUAUGAAUAAAGGGGACACCGAGGUAAUGAAGUGCAUCGUUGAGGUCAUCUCUGACACACUUUCCAAGCCCAGCCCCACGCCUGUCAGUCAGGAGUGUUUCGAGACGCUCCGAGGAGAUGAACGGAUCCUCUCAAUCCUGCGACAUCAGAAUUUGCUGAAAGAGCUCCAAGAUCUCGCUCUCCAAGGAGCCAAGGAGAGGGCACAUCAAGAGAAGAAACACCGCGAUUAUGAGGAGGAACUCUCAGAGGUUCUUGAGAAGCAGAACGACCAGGCCGAGCUGAAGGCGGAGACAGAAGAGGCAUCCUCCAAGGAAGCUGCAGAAAAAAGGGGAGAUUCUGAAGAGAUGAAGAAGAAUGGUGAAGACACAGAUGGAGCCAGACCUUACGCCUCGUCGGAGCUUAGGCAGGGGUCCGAGGUUGAGGAGGACAACCAGGCCCCAGAGAAGGAGGAGGCCACUGACAGCCACCCUCUAGCCAGCCUCCCCAACCAGAAACACCCAGGCCCACAGGCUGAGGAGGACAACGAGGGCCCCUCCCAGGGUCCAGUGGACAGAGAGAAGGACCUGAGUGCAGAGCAAGGACAGCAGGCAAAAAGAGAAGAGGAGGAGGAGGAGGCGGCGGCAGAGGCUGGAGAGAAAGCUGUGCCAGAGGAAGAAGGCCCCACCGCAGCAUUUAACCCCCACCCGAGCCUCAGCUACAAGGAGAUCCAGAGGGGCUGGCCCGAGUCUCUGGCCGCAGAUGGAGCCGCGAAGACUGGGGCUAAGGAGGCUCAGCCCCACGAGGGAAAGGGGGAGCAGGAGCACUCCCAGCAGGAGGAGGAGGAGGAGGAGGAGGAGGAGAUGGCAGGGGCCCCUCAAGGCCUCUUUCGGGGCGGGAAGAGCAGGGAGCCCGAGCAAGAGGAGGAGGAGGAGCGGCUCUCCAAGGAGUGGGAGGAUGCCAAGCGAUGGAGCAAGAUGGACCAGCUGGCCAAGGAGCUUACGGCCGAGAAGCGGCUGGAGGGAGAAGAGGAGGAGGAAGACCCUGACCGCUCCAUGAAGCUCUCCUUCCGGGCCCGGGCCUAUGGCUUCAGGGGUCCUGGGCUGCAGCUGCGACGAGGCUGGAGGCCAUCCUCCCGGGAGGACAGCAUCGAGGCCGGCCUGCCCCUCCAGGUGCGCGGCUACCCGGAGGAGAAGAAAGAGGAAGAGGGCAGCGCCAACCGCAGGCCAGAGGACCAGGAGCUGGAGAGCCUGUCAGCCAUCGAGGCGGAGCUGGAGAAGGUGGCCCACCAGCUGCAGGAGCUGCGGCGGGGCUGAGGCGCCAGCCGGCCCCACCAGCCAGGGCUCCGAGGCAGCUGAUGGUCCUGGCUCUCUUGUCCCCUUUGCAGAUCCUGGCCAGACGGCCUGAGCGCUGCUUCCGGUAGGGAGGUGGCCCCCAGCCUGCUCAAGCCCAGGCCACCCUGUUGCCCCCAUGCUCCCUUCCCCCUGCUCCUGCCCCCUGCCCCAGUGUGCCCCUCUGCAGGGCGGACCCUUGACUUUAAACGAAUAUCCUCUUUCUGAAUAUGGGCAGCUUUCUUGAAGUUUCCUUUCCACCAUUAGAGCCAGUGGGCACAACUGCAAUAACUUCUGACCUUUUGGUGAAAGCUGAGAACUCAUGACUAUAACAUACUCUGUUCAAAAUUUAUCCAAGGAAAAAUAAAUCUGCUCUGGGCUCUUUCCUGUUUCUUUGAAA